CCCAAUCACUAUGGAGGACCCGCAUCCUGAAGAGACCAUGGAGCAGCAGGAUUCGUCCAAGGAGAGGAGUCCCCGCAGUCCAGGAGGCGACGUGUGCCACCUGGGGGCCCCGCAGUGCACCCGCUGCCUCAUCACCUUCGCCGAUUCCAAGUUCCAGGAGCGUCACAUGAAGCGGGAGCACCCAGCGGACUUCGUGGCCCAGAAGCUGCAGGGGGCUCUCUUCAUCUGCUUCACCUGUGCCCGCUCCUUCCCCUCCUCCAAGGCCCUGAUCGCCCAUCAGCGUGGCCACGGUCCAGCCACCAGGCCCUCCGUGCCAGUUGCACCCGCCGCUGCCCCGCCUACCUUCCCCUGUCCUGACUGUGGCAAGACCUUUGGGCAGGCUGCUUCUCUGAGGCGGCACCGCCAGGCGCAUGAGACCCGCACCCCUCCUGGCCCCUUCGCCUGCACUGAGUGUGGUCAGGACUUUGCCCAGGAGGCUGGGCUGCAUCAACACUACAUCCGGCAUGCCCGGGGGGAGCUCUGAGUGAAGGUUAAGCCCUCCCUAGGGCAGCGGGGGUUCUGUGGCUGCUGGAACCCACCUCUGGUAUAGGAUGGGGGCCUUGGAAGGAUUUGCUUCCCUCCCAGGACAGGCAAAGGACUUCUGAUAAAUAGGACCCAGAAGAUUCUCAUCUAGAGCUUCAGUCUUUGGAGGACACAAAGGCCUUCAGGGAUACAGUGAAAUUAGACAAUAGUGAAAUCUUUUGUUUUAAAAAAAAAAAGCAAGCAAAAGGGAAAAUUGUUGUAUCUUCCUCAUUCCCAAUUAAAUAGUUUGAAAUCACAA